AUGUCACAAGCCAUUAAACUCGAAGAACUGCCAGUGCACCAGUUACAGGCUGUCCGUCAACAGUUGGAGGAGGAGAUUCAAACCCUCACUCAAUCGUUUGCUCAGCUAAAGCAGGCUCAGGCCAAAUUCAACGAUAGCAUCGAGUCUCUCAAGCCAUUGGCUAACCCUGCUAAUGAAUCUAAAGAUAUUCUAGUGCCUCUUACGACAUCUAUAUCCUUUUUAGCUAUUGUCAUGUUCAUAUCUAUGUCUGCAUUGCAAUCAAUUGGAGCUGAGAUCAAUACUAUGACUAGUCAACUAGCAGAUAUCAAGACAGUGAUUGUCGAUGUUGGUACUGGAUAUAUGAUUGAAAAGUCAGUUACGGAUGCCACGGAUUUUUACAAGCGGAAGGUCGAGUAUUUAAAGCUGAACUUGGAGAAACUGCAAGAAACUGUUGUCCAGCGCCAGAACCAGCGUUCAUCUGUUGUUGAAAUGAUCCAGAUGAAGCUUGCAAUGGUUCAAAAGGAAAGCAGUCAAGGCGACAAAAAUGCGAUUGCUGCCAAUUGA